AUGAUGUACUCUCGUUCUGUACUCUUCACGGUGGCUGCCGCCUCCAUCACCUUCGUUAACGCUGCUCCCCAAUUCGACGUUCCUAGCGAUGGCCCCAUCUGUUACUCAUAUGGUGUUGACUUUAUCGAUGAAGGAAGCUACUUCAUUAAUGCAACAUCGACCGAAGACUUUAGUGCUGUCUCUUACUUCCAAGGUUGCAACAAAGAUGGUGAGGCCGAUGUCAUGCUCAUCGCACCUGAGGAUGCACCUGGAGAGACGGAAUUCAUAUGCGACCAAAUCCCUACAACCCCUGACAAUACGAAUGAAAUCUCGAAAUGUCCUAUCCAGAAGGACCAGAUGGUUUCAGGACAUUGGCUCCUUCUCGUUAUGGGAAACAACGGUUACGAUGCCGAUGGCAAGAAUGGCCAGCCUUUCGCGUGGCAAAGAGAUUUGUACUUGACCGUCGGUACAGCGGUCACUACCACAUAUACCCCAACAGUGACUGCGUCCAUGACUGAGACACCUACAAUGACUCAAACUAUUAUUACCACCUCGACUGACGUUGUCACUGCUGGACCAACCUCGACUGUUACCGUACCCAGUGGCACGGCCAAGAAGAUCAAGACAGUGAGGCCCAAGGCAGUCACCACGACAUCUACGAAAACUAUGACCCGCACUAAGGUCUCCUGGACCAAACAAGUUGGUGUCACUACCAAGACUGUCACAGCCACCUGCACCACUCCAGCUCAUGUUGGUCGGCCUGACAAGCCUUGCACGUACUCUCCCACCAAGAUCCACCCUGCGGCCCUCGAGACACCAACUCACAUGCCCAACUACAACCGCUUGUUCCGCAAGGGCGAUCGCGAAGUCGACUACGAAUGGGCGCGUGCUCGCAUUGAGGCCGCAAAGCAAAGGCGCGCUGAGCAGGCUGGAAAGCUUGAUCGCCGUGCUCCUGACGCUCCCACGACAACUGUCACUUACGGAACUCCAGUCUCAGUAGUCGCUACUAUGACUGCGCCAGCUAUUACCACAACCGAGACCGUUCUGCUCACAGCCUCUGCUACGACAACGCUUCCUCCUCCCACUGUUCUCUCCGGCCUUCUGACUUUGACCACUACGCUGCCAACUCCGACAAAAACCAAGUUCAGGCUAGCCUUUGCCACCACAACCAAGGUCAUCACUUUCGGCGGCACAUUUACUAAGACAACAACGGUAACUCCUACGGCGGCAGUGAGUGCCUGCAGGAAGCACGGUGGUCAUUUCUGGCGGUUCUAG